AUGGAGAAUAAAGGUACCGGCGGCUAUAACCGGCAUAACUACCCGUUUUGUCUUCCGUACCCAUUGAAAUUGCCAAAGAGGAAUUUCACUAAAGGAUUUGAAAAGAUGAGAAAAGAGUUUAGAAUCAACGAGCAGCUAAGACGGGAAAAGAUGAAGGAAAUGCUCAAGUCGGUCGACACGACUGGGAAAUUGAAACUCAGACAAAACAAAGAUCAAAGUUCGAUUGCGGGGAGUAUGCUUAAAUUUUUAAAGAGUGAAAAGUGCUCGAAUUGUGAGAAAGACAUUUUGAUUGGCUCUUUAGUGAAUUAUUGUGAAUGUUGUGAUGCACCACUAUGUGACAAAUGCACCAGAAUAUUACCACGAGAAUACCAACAAACUGUAGUAGAAGUCCCAUUGUGCAAAUACUGUGAUUUCAUUUACACUGCAGUGACUGAAGAAAUCAAGGUGAAGAAUUCAAGAAAAGAGGCGAGUGAAGACCCCAUCCACUUUUUGCGCUGUCAAAUAGUUAACACGUGUAAUUCAUACCUGGAAGAGUACUUCUCUUUGAAUUUGUUUAUUAACCAACUUCUGUCUACCAAAGUGCCAAAAAAGGAGGACCUCAAAGUGUGUGAAGAGGAGAUGAAAGUUGUGAAGGUGAAGACGCAAAAGGUGUUAGGGUUAGACGGUUUCAUUGACGCAUUUGAGAACCCGGAGCGACAGUCUGACCAAAUAGUUACCAAGAACAUUGUGAGAGCGUUGAAUCAAUUUAAAAUAGAGACAGUCUUUGACUCAAUCAAUGAAGUUAACAUCUGCGAGCAGUUGAUUCUUGAAUGCUCUGGGAUCCACACCGUCGAAACAAAAGUGAUUGGUAUGUCGACCACAUUAGUUCCAACAACGGGAGGUAUUGUGAAGAUAUCACUUAAUUUGACCAAAGACAUUUCAGUGAUGAUCAAUGGGAUAGUGUUUUUUUAUACAAUUGAAGGUCCUUCGCUUAUCAUAAAAGUUCCGCCUGCAAAUAAAGACCAAAUCAAAGCCGAUCUUAAAAUUACAUGUAAAGGACAAAACGUCGAACUUCCCGAAGAAAUCAGAUAUUACGACGCUGGUCUCAAUAGUACUGGAGAGAAAGUUGUAUCGCUCGUUGGUAAUAAAAGAAAGAUAUGUGUUGUCGAGUGUGAUGACACAGAAAGUGAGUCUGAUGAGAGUGAAGUAGUGAGCGAUUUGAGUGAUAGCAUU